CAGAAUCAGGCACUCACUCUCACAUUCACCUCUUCGCCCCUGCCGACUUCCAUAAACUACAGCAAGUUGCACUGCUAGUAUAGUAGCAUGGGAGGAGCUACUAACCUACCUCCAGGUUUCCAUUUCUUCCCCUCAGAUGAAGAUCUUGUUGUCCAUUUUCUCCAUCGCAAAGUCGCCAACCUCCCAUGCCGCCCUGACAUCAUCCCAACAGUACCUCUGCAGCACUGUGAUCCAUGGGAAUUGAAUGGCAAAGCUCUUCAAGCUGGAAACCAGUGGUACUUCUUCAGCCAUGCAACACAAAGUAGGACCUCGCCGAAUGGAUACUGGAGCCCCAUUGGCGCUGAUGAAACAGUAACAAGUAGUGGCUGUAUCGUUGGCCUAAAGAAGACACUCAUCUUCUGCACUGGAGAACCUUUCAAGGGUUUUAAAACUAACUGGAUCAUGCAUGAGUACCACAUGCAAGAUGGUGGAUACAAUGUCAGCGGUAGCAGUACCUCAAGUAGCUCAAGCUCCAACAGGAAGUCCCAAAGGAAGAGAGUUCACUCAAGCACGGAGUCUAACAACUGGGUGAUAUGCCGAGUUUUCGAAAGCUGCGGUUCUCAAGUGAGCUUCCAUGAUGAGGGUACAGAGCUGUCAUGCUUAGAUGAGGUGUUUCUGUCGCUAGAUGAUUACGAUGAAGUGAGUUUGCCGAAGAAUUAGAACGCUAGUCAGUAGAGCUGACGGUAGGUCCUAUGCCUAUCAAACCAUAUAAUUACCCGCGAUGGUGAUAUCUACGUAAGUCGUUGCAAGUUGCAUUAUGUAUGAUCAGAUGGCCUGAUAGGCAUUGGACCUAAUCCAGUCUAUCCUAAAUCAUUACCUUGUACAUAAUUAUCAUGCAAUGAGUAAAAAGCUUGAGCUUGUGUCUGAUAACUGCGACAUGUGUAAUAUGUGUGAACACAAGUCACUUAGCUAUCCUCUUUUUGAAACCAACACUUACUAGGCUCCAAAGAUCAGCUAAUUUUCUCGAGCAUUUGGUGGUUUACUUACUUAUUUGCUUCGGAUCAUCACUUGCCACUUGUGCGUUAGGAGACUGAUGUAGAAAUAUGGCCAGAAGAUCAUGGAGUUGCUUGCUUUCUCCCAAACUUAUAUUGGCAUCUAUGUGAAAAAUAGAGUUUCACCCCCGAAGAAAAAGGGGACAUCGAGAUCCUUCUAUUCAACGGAGAUUAGGAAAAGAGAAGGUGGGUAGGGCAUACGCAAGCAUAUCGCCAUCUAUGCUGUCAAUAAGAUAAGCUUUCAAGGUCAUAUGAUUGUACAUGCAAGUGCUCACAAGUUAAGCAUGAAGG